GGCCCCUUGGCUUGGCUCAAUAUGGACUCUUACAAUGUCACACAGCUACUGGGAAAGCUCAAGAGCUCAGACCAAGAUCUGCGUUUCAUGGCCCUCAAUGAUCUCCAGACCGAGAUCAACCGUCUGACGCCUUCCAACGCAACCGCCUUUGCAAGCUCGGGCAGCAGUGCAGGAUCAUACUAUGGCGCGAGAUCAGGUUCGCUUGACUAUCAUACCGAGAAGAAAGUCGUCGAUGCCGUCGUCGGUAUGCUCUCCGACGGGAUCACAGAAGUCAAGAACAAUGCCGUCACCACGAUUGGAUGCUUGAUCCCCAAAUUGACAGAGCAGAGCUUGCUCAGCAUCGUCGACUCACUCAUCGCUCUGACGAAUAGCAAAGAGGGUUCCGAUCGUGAUAUUGCCAACCUUGGCCUUCGUACCGUCAUUCGCGAGCUCCCUUCGACAGGCAAAUUAGCCUCGAGCGCAUGCCAUAAGCUCAUACCCAAACUUUGCGCCCAGCUUUCGAGCGGUCUGCCGCCUGCACCGACCAACGGGAAGCCUGCAACGGCCUCCAGCUCCUCAGGUGCUACUCAGGCCCAAGAUACCCUCCUAGGCUGCACGGAGCUACUGAGCGAGAUACUCAUCUCCUUCGAAGCUAUCGUAAGAGCAACGCCCGCACUUCAGACUCAGAUCCUUCAGGUCCUCGCACCCUUGCUCGAUCAUGCUCGACCGGCCGUCAGAAAGCGUACGGUCGAUGCUCUCGGCUUUCUCAUCGCUUCCUCUUCAGAUAGCGUUGCUGCUACACUCGUCGAAAAGACCGUCAUGCCCGCUUUGGACUCGGGCGAUGUAGAAGUCACAAAGACCGGCAUGGGGCUCGUCAUCUCGCUUGCAAAUAAAGCACCGCGUGAAGUCACUCAAGCCAGAAUGAAUUAUUACGCUGCGCGUGUGCAAAAGGCCGCCAUCUCGGCAGACGAUGACGAGCUGAAAGAGCAAGCAUUGAACACACUGCAAACGCUGCUGGUCAAGUGCCCUGCAGAAUUUACAGAGCACCUCUCGACGAGCAUUGAAAUUGCAACAAAGCUAUGUUCAUACGAUCCGAAUUAUGCUGGCGACGAUGACGGCGAUGCCGACAUGGCAGCUGAUGACGAAGACGAUGCCAUGGACGACGAAUACGAAGAUGAAUACUCGGACGACGAUGAUGUAACGUGGAAAGUACGCAAGGCAGCCAUCAAGCUGCUCGCGGCCAGCGUCGAUACCUACAGCGAGCAACUACCCCUGCUCGCUAAGCUCAUCUCGCCUACGCUCGCUCAGAGAGCUACAGAACGAGAAGAGACGGUUCGACUGGAUGUAUGGAAAGCCUAUACGCAUCUCCUCGAUCUCGUCAGAACUUCAAGUGACCGUAUCGCCUCCGCUUCUUCGCCUCCAUCGUCAGAGUCACAGGCCCGCCUCAAGCGCAAGCGUACGCAAGAAGCAAUGAACUUAGACGGCGGCCCUUACAGCCUCAUUGAAAGCCAAUCGAGCCAGAUGAUGAAAGCUCUGCUGUCUCACCUCGAAUCGAAAUCGCUUCUUGUCAGACAACACGCUUUCGAGCUUCUCAAAGCCCUUGUCCUUGUUCUCGAGGGCAGUCUGGAAUCUUACGCGCCUCAGCUCGCUACAGCCGUUUGUAGAGCGCUGGCCACAUCCGCCGGAGGCGUCAAUGCCAUGGCAUCAGCGCUCAAGAUAGAGACGCUGCAAUUCCUCACCGCCUUUGUGACGUAUCACCCUGUCAGAGUCUAUGAGCGAUCGCUAGAAGAACUCAUCGCUCGUCUCGUUGAUGUUCAUUCCGACUCUUUCAGUCCGGUCGCAGCGCAAGCUUUCGCAACGAGCUCAGCCUUUAUCAAAACCGGUCGACCUCUUACGCCCGUUGGUCAGAAAGCCGCCCCUCUCGAUUCAACAGUUCGCGCAGCAAUCGCAAAGAUCUAUGCCAGUGUACUCGCCCGCUUGUCAGGCUCGUUGGACCAGGAAGUCAGAGAUCCUGCCAUCGUCUGCCUUGGCAACGUGUUUCUGCACGCUGGCGAUAGCUUAGGAGCAGAUUCGAAGAAGGGACUCGCGCUCUUGGCUGAGCUGAUACAGCGAGAAGUUACCCGAAGUGUCACACUGAAGACGAUCACGAGUAUCGCGCAGGCAAGGACCAACGUAGGCACAGACUUUGACGAAUGGACAGAGUCGAGCUUGCUACCCAUCUCUACCUUUUUGCGUCAGAGCAAUCGCACGCUCAAAGUCGAUGCGAUGACCUGCUUGCCAACUCUCAUCCUGCGCGGCGGACCUGAUCUAUCGGACAACAUCAUCCUCAGCCUUCUGCGCGCCGUGUUGCCCUUUGCUUCGACAGAAGAUCUCCCGUUGAUGCCGCUGGCUCUGACGACUCUGCGUGCCAUACUAGAAGUCAAGCCCGAGCUUAUGACGAACAAGAGCAACUUGUCUGAGCUCCUUGCUCCCUUGCAAGUUCUUGGUAUCAGUCCGGAUGUACACGGCGUCGCCCUCGACAGGCUCUGCGAUCUCUUCGGAACUCUCGUUCGCGAAGGCGUGCAGCCGUUGCCGCUUGUCACUCGUCAAGCCGAACUCGCCGGUACGACAGCAGCGAAUUCAGAUGCCAAGACGAGCAGUGCCUCUAUCAGAAUGGCCUUUUCUGUUACUGCACGCGUCAUCGGCGCUAUCAUUGCGCAAGACCCAACCAAAGCAGAUGAUGCCAGCGCGCCUUUCCUCACGCAGCUCUCGGGCUCCAAAUCGGCGGGUCCGGUGCAAAGCUUCAGUCUUCUCGUGCUCGGCGAGAUCGGUCGGUUGGAAAGCUUCCCAAAGCGAGAAAAAGCAGUCGAGCUUGCUACAAAGCUUAAUGAUGCCACGUCUGAGGAGGUCAGAGCGAGUGCAGCCUUUGCCAUCGGUAAUCUAGCAGUCGGCGACGCUCAGAAGUACCUGCCUGUCAUCGUACAAAGUAUCUCGGAUGCGAAGAAACGCACGCAGGCGCUGCUCGCACUCAAGGCAUUUAUCAGCCAUUCACCGGUCGCAAGUUUGAGUUCCGAAGCAGACAAGCUUUGGACGCCUCUGCUCGAAGUUUGCGCCAUUCCAGGACCGCGUUUGCCGCCGCCUGCCGCGACUGAUCCGACAAAGGAAAAGGAACGAGAAGAGUUGGCAAAUGAGAUGUACGCUCAAGAUCACCCAAUUCGCGCCGCUUGGACAGAGACCGAAGCUACGCGCAACAAUGCAGCAGAGUGCUUAGGCAAGCUAGCGCUCAGCGAUCCUCGCCGAUUCUUCCCGAUGGUCGAGCAGAAGCUCACUGAUCAAUUGGCCGGCGUGCGCGCUGCAGUCGUAUCGGCUGUUCGCUUCACACUGAUCGACGAGAGCUCCGCGUGCGAUCCUUAUCUGACACCGGUCUUGCGCUCGAUGGCACAAUCGCUGAGUGAUAACGAUCUGGAAGUGCGCAAGUACAUCCUCGUCACGCUCGCUUCUCUAGCGCAUCACAAGCCUGCAAUCCUUCGUCAGAUCAUCAGCGAAAUCCAAGCCCAGAUCUACGAACGAAGCAAGAUCGAUACUGGCUUGAUACGACACGUCGAGAUGGGACCCUUCAAGAUGAAAGUCGACGAGGGCCUCGAAUGUCGCAAGGCCGCUUUCGAUUGUAUGUACAGCUCGCUCGAUGCCUGUCUGUCGAGACUCGAUUUGCAGGCCCUCAUGAGUCGACUCAUCGAGGGCAUGUCGGAUGAGAUCGAAAUCAGGGCACUCACUUUCCUCAUGCUCACUCGUCUUGCCAAUGAAGUACCAAGUAUCGUAGUCCGACGUCUCGACGAGACGGCGCCAGCAUGGACGCUCAUUCUGCAGGAAAAGGCCAAGGAAAGCGCGGUCAAGCAGGAGCUCGACCGUCUGGACGCCUCGCAGAAGUCUGCCCUUCGCGCACUCGCCAGCCUCAGCCGUAUCUCGAGCGCAGCAACAACGCCAAAGUUCCAACAGGUCGUCGAUCAGACAAGCGCAGAAGCAAAGUACAAAGAUACUUGGAAGGAGCUGCUCGUUGCUCAGAGCAAGACGAAUGGUUUCAGGAAAGGUUCUAAUAGAAUGGACCUCGACUGA